AUGUCUUACCACUAUGGUGUCCCGCCGUCGCACUACACCAAAUUCUACGACCCGGACUCGCCCUACAGCUCGGGUGAAUAUGUCCAUUAUGCCGCGUACGACAACGCGCCAAAACGCGGCCACACGCGCCGGGCUAGCUACAAUCCGUCGCCCAAACAAGGUGGCUACUACUCUCCUGCCGGCUCUCCUCCACCGUGGUACGAGCAAGAUUAUGCCACACCGCGCAAGCAAGUCUAUGUGAGUACGCAGAGGGACGGCAGCCGCCGCUACGAUGUUCCAAAUACAAGAUACCACUACCGCACAAAAAGCCAGCAAGCCCAGCCCAUCAAUGUUCGCGAUGAUGGUCCUGGUUACGCCGAGCCGCGGGUCAUCUAUCGAACUCCAAGCACAAAACAAAAACGCUCGGGGAAGGCUCCUGCUGAUGACUAUGUUUAUUACACACAGGAACAGGUGUAUCAUGAAGCCCCUCGUCGCAAGACUACCCGCCGCGCUUCGACCACUACCAAGCCCACUCACAAGUCAAAGCCCAGCUACGUAGCACCUGUCGCCACGGAGAAAGAUGCCGCUCGUGCCGGUAUUCCUGCUGGGUAUUCCAUCAAGAACUGGGAUCCGACUGAACUUCCCAUCAUCCUACUGGGUUCGGUCUUUGAUGCCAACUCACUUGGCAAGUGGAUCUACGACUGGACCGUCUACCGGAACACAGCGUCGCAUCCCUUUGCCGAUGUGGCGGGAGAGCUGUGGCUCCUGCUCAUCAAACUGGCCGGCAAGAUGAAGCGUGCCGAAGAGUGCAUCCCCCGGAUCCGUACACAUGAGUCACGCGAGCUUAUCCGGGACUUUGUCGCCAGCGCCGAUCGCUUGUGGGAGAAAUUCAAGGAUCUGCUCAAGGAAUGCGAGUACUUCAUGCUCAAGGCUGCUAAGCGCGAAGGCAACAAGAAGAUGGGCAAGAAUGCUGGCACCGAAUUUGUCGAUUCCAUCUUUGGAAGAGACCGCUAUCUCGGGCACACCGAGAAGCUCAUGCAGAGCAUCCGGACCUGGAACCAUCGCUUCGAUGCCAACUGCGAAGACAUUCUUCGCCGUCCAUCUGUUGCCUAG